AUUAAUAUUUAAUGGGGAAAAAAAACUUUUGGGGCGCUGGACAUUAGUUUGGAAUUAGUGUAGCAGCGGAACUGAUGAAUAAAGCCAAAGGUUCCUACCGGACUGUAUUUUGAGGAGGACAGGAGGUUGAAUAACAGGAAGAGGAGCAGCAGCCACUAUGGCGGAGACGCACAGCUUGCAGGACCUGCGGCAAGCAGCCGUCGCCUCCAAGGUUUUCGUUCAGAGAGACUACACCUCCGGCACCAUUUGCAAGUUUCAGACCAAGUUCCCAGCAGAGCUGGAGAGCAGGAUUGACAAGCAGCAGUUUGAGGAGACCAUGCAGACCCUGAAUAAUCUCUAUGCAGAGGCGGAGAAGCUGGGCGGCAGGUCAUAUCUGGAGGGCUGUCUGGCCUGUCUCACUGCAUACACAAUCUUCCUCUGCAUGGAGACCCACUAUGAGAAGGUGCUGAAAAAGAUUGCCAAGUACAUCCAGGAGCAGAAUGAGAAGAUCUAUGCUCCUCUUGGGCUUCUCCUGACUGACCCCAUAGAGAGGGGACUCAGAGUUGUGGAGAUCACUAUUUUUGAGGAUAGAAGUAUUGGUUCAAGAUAAAACACACCAAAGGAUCAUAUUUGUAACGUGAUUAUUGGCCUGCUGGACUCAGAACCUGCUUAUCCAUCUUAUGAAAUCACAACCCUAUUGCUUUAAAUGUAGAUAGUAUACCUUUAUUUUGAUUCAUUAAUAUUUUUUGACAGAGGGAGAGAGUGAUUAUAUAAUGUAUCUUACUGAAACUCUCCAAUUCAGCUUUCCCUCAUUUAGCAGUUAUUUUAAAUCUUUGUCGUGCCAUGUAAUUUUAUAUCGCAGCGUUUCAUUUCUCUACAUUGCGUUCCUGUCUCUUGUUUUCUGUAUAUGCUUGUCUUGAAUGGGAUGUAUAGAUUAAGUGCACAAUGUUCUGUUACAAUACAGAUGCAUCUUGAUUAUUUGGAUCGUUUGUGACUCUGCGUUCCCGUAGUAAAAAUUUGUUUGAUAAAUCUGCUCAAAUAUGUGCUUGUUAAAACUGUCAAUACAAGAAACUUUGGUUAUGUGUACAUGGAAAUUUGAGCCUGAUAAUUUCAAUUUGUUGUAUUUAAUGUUUUUAAGUAAUAAUCAGUUUAGUUUCUUUAUAACUUUGUUCCAUUCCUUUCCCCUCUACAAAAAAAAAAAAAAAAAAGUUUGCUUUCUUUUCUAACACUACAUUUUACUAUAUUUACCAGUGAACUAAUGUACUUUUAUUUGGGUCUGCAAUAUAAUCCUUAUUACACACAAAUGCCAUGAAAUCCUUAAAAGGCACUGUUUGCAUUUAAUAUUGCAUAUCCAGCUUAUAUUUCAGACUGCUGUUAGUUUAACCUGUUUCUUGCGUAAAUCUUUUUAUCAGUGUUGUAUCAUAAUGUCUUUUUUGAAAAUCUUUUGACACUUAUUUAAACUAUGUAUCGUACAAUAAAUAGUGUUUUCUUGAACAAAUUAA